AGGGAGAACGAGCAGAGAGCGAGAAAGAGAAAGAUGAGGCUGCUAACCCACAACAUGCUAUCAUCCAACAUCAAGGGCGUGGCCAACGGCUUCCCACUGAGAAUCGAAGUUGAGAAAGUUGUCGAGAAGCAAGUAGACUUCAACGCCGACUUUCUCAAGAACAUGUUCGCCAAAAUCGAGUGGAAGGCCCUCGUAGACGCCUCCAGAUCCAUGGGCUACUCGGAGCUUCCCGGAGAUGCCAACCCUGCGAUGCUAGACUCCGAUGACUUUCUCCAGAAGUUCCACCACGCGCUCCUCGAGCUCCACCUCGAAGAAGGUGCUCUUGUCUGCCCUGAGACCGGCCGGAAAUUUCCCGUCAAUAAGGGGAUUCCCAAUAUGCUUCUUCAUGAAGACGAGGUCUGA